AUGGAAGAGUUUCCUGGUAUUACCACAGAGACUAGCAAGCUCCAUCUCCCUAGCACGUUCACACCACCAAGCUUCGCGGUCCAUUUGCAGACUCCUGCGCAACUCUCGACCAAGGUAUUGGCGUUCUUCAACGUGUCUCGAAUCCGAUGGGAUCAAGCGGCGUUUGUCCAUCAGCGACAAGGAGUCGGCGGAAAUCCAAUGUUUCGGUGGGUGACGGGUAACUCCACAA